GCCGGGCCGGGCCGGGCGGAGGGGCCGCCCCGCCUCUUAGUCGGCGGCAGCUGCUGCUGCGGGGCCGCCGCCGUGGGCAGCCGCCAUGCCGCGCUCGCUGAAGGAGGAGACGGCGCUGCUGCUGGAGGAUUACUUCCAGCACCGCAGCGGCAGCGCCGCGCUGGCCCCCAGCCCCACGGCGGCCACGCUGCGGCGGGCGGCGGCCGAGCUGGAGCGGCAGGAGCGGCCCUUCUUCCGCUCCUGCGCGCCGCUGGCGCGGGCCGAGCCGCGGGAGGCGGCCGCGCUGCUGGGCAGGGUGGCGGCGCAGCUGGAGGCCGACGGCGGCCUCAACUGGGGCCGGCUGCUGGCGCUCGUGGUGUUCGCCGGCACGCUGGCGGCCGCGCUGGCCGAGCGGGGCUGCAGCGACGGGCCGCGCUGCCUGGCCGCUCACCUGGCCGCGUACCUGGCCGAGGAGCGCGGCGAGUGGCUGGAGGCGCACGGCGGAUGGGAUGGCUUCUGUCACUUCUUUGGCAGACACGGCUCCGAGGCGGCCGAGCAGAGCAGCACCAUUGGCAAUGCCAUCAUGGCAGCGGCGGCGGGCAUCGGCAUGGCAGGAUUGGCUUUUCUCUUGGUGCGGUAGGCCACGAACGGAUCUUGCCGAGGGAAAGUACUCUCAAAACUGACAAUGUACCAGAUUUCACUUUAUUUUCUAUAGAACAGACCCUCUAAGAAGAAGUCUAUAUUUUUAAACUGGCUCAGAAAACUGCCUCACCAAAUCCUUGGCUAUAAACUGCUUCACUCACUACCCAGUAACAGCACAAACAAAUGUGUACUAGAGCACUAUUUGUGCACGUUCAAAACCUGUUGUCUCCAAACAUCCUCUGGACUUUCUUUUUUGAAGGUGUAACUGAAACUUUAGCAUGGUUCAUGUACUGUAACUUCUGAGUGCUUGAUGUUAUGCUAGGAAAACAUUAUGGUGGGCUUGCUACUAAACCCUCUGUUCAAGACGUCUUAUUUACAUGGAGGAAAGUUUGGAACCCGCAUUCAUUAAUGCUGUAAAGUGGGCGAACAUUGACUGUGAUCUAACGUGGUGCACAGCACUUGUAAUCAAAAGGCAACUCAUUUGUUGAUUUAGGGCAGUUGGUGCCUGUGAUGCUAGAAGCAUUAGGGCUUAAUGUAACAUAAGGCUGAAUUCAUUACACUACAAGAAGGUAAGUAUUGAUACAGGACAGUAAUGGCUGCAGUACUGGUUCCUACUGAAAGGAAAAGAAUUUAAAUAUUAAACCUUAAUUGGUAUAUUGAAAUCCAGUGAAGGCUGGAAUUUCUCUGGAUUUCCCUUACAAAAUGAGAAUUUCCAUAUAUCUUAAUAUAUUUUUGAAGUAUUUAUCACUGUAUAAUACUUGUAGCCAUGACAUCUUUAUUUUUGUUUAAAACUUAAUGCUGGUUCUUGUCACUGUAGUGCGUAUCAAGCGUUGUCUUGUUUUAGUAAUAUUUCACUCUGUUUUCAAAAUGCUGUGUAUUUCUUUCAGUGGUUGUACAAAUUGCCUUUUGUUUCUGGUAGCUUUUGAAUAAUGUUACUGGGUUACUCACAAUGUGUACAAUUUUACUAUGGUGACUUCAAAGGUGAAUAAAUGUUAAGUAUUUUUAUUUUAAAAAA